AUGGUCGCCAUCAACAAGUUUGGCGCCGCCCUCUUCCUAUGGCUGGGACUUGCCAGCCAAGGACUUGCUAUGGGGGCCAACGAUGCUACCGCCGACCUCGUUCUGGAGGAACGCGGCGGCGGUCUCAAGCCUCCGAUUAUCAUCCCCGGCAGCACCGGUGAUAUGGGCAAGACCAAGCGUCCUCACAAGCGCGGCGGAGGUGGCCUCAAGCCUCCUAUCGUUAUCCCCGGCAGUACUGGCGAUUUCGGCAAGACUAAGCGUCCUCACCACAAGCGCGGCGGCGGCGGUCUUAAGCCUCCUAUUAUUAUCCCAGGUAGCACCGGUGAUUUCGGCAAGACUAAGCGUCCUCACAAGCGCGGCGGAGGUGGCCUCAAGCCUCCUAUCGUCAUUCCCGGCAGCACUGGUGACUUUGGCAAGACCAAGCGUCCUCACCACAAGCGCGGCGGCGGUGGCCUCAAACCUCCGAUUGUCAUCCCCGGCAGCACCGGUGAUUUCGGCAAGACUAAGCGUCCUCACAAGCGCGGCGGAGGUGGUCUCAAGCCUCCUAUCGUCAUUCCCGGCAGCACUGGUGACUUCGGCAAGACCAAGCGUCCUCAUCACAAGCGCGGCGGCGGCGGUCUCAAGCCUCCUAUCGUUAUCCCUGGUAGCACUGGCGACUUCGGCAAGACCAAGCGUCCUCAUCACAAGCGCGGCGGCGGCGGUCUCAAGCCUCCUAUUGUCAUCCCCGGCAGCACCGGUGAUUUCGGCAAGACUAAGCGCCCUGGUCACAAGCGCUCUGAAUAUUAA